UGGAUCGGAGUCAGCUUGGGAAGUCCCUUCGAUUGCUUCUGAUACGAUUUUUUCCUCACUCGAGUACUCGAGUCGUACUCUUCCUCUUCUCUGCUUAUCCUUGACUCAUCUCUCCUUUCUGUGGACCCUUGACUUAUUUGCCUCCCGCAACAUUGUCCGCGAGGCUAGACUCCGAUAGCCGCCCGCCACUUCUUAUUAGCCACCCAUCUUCUUACACCUGCCUUGAAUAGAGGCACCUCUCCAGCAAUUGCGAGUAAUAUUUCGCGAAUCAGCCAUCGGUCGGUCUUAUAUACCUUGUGAACCGAGAAAAAAGACUCGUCGUAAUGACAAGAAUCUCUUCUACCGUGAAGCAAGAGCAGUCGUCCAACACUGAUCCUAUCGCGUUGCUGCCUAGACGCAAAUCUGCACGGUUAAAUCGGGUUUCCUCGACUUGCACGGCCAACAUCAACCAGCCAGAGAAUAAUGAUAGCGACCCUCACCCGGUGGCUAAAUGGAGUUACAACAUCAAGCCCAUAGCCAUUGAAGUAGCUAUACCCUCCAAGAGAGCGUCACCGUCAUCCGAAACCGAAAACUCUCCUCUAGACGAGGACUCAUCCGGAAUUUCGACGCGAACUUACAGUACGCCAGCGACCAGUACUACUGCUACGCCGGUCGAUUCAGAUGUAUCUGGAACAAAGAAAAGAGUUAGUGCUUCUGCUCGUGCACGCGAACUACGUACGAGCACUUUGUCUUUGAGCACAUCUCGAGCGUUAAAGAGGUCUGCUGCGUCUAUGACUUCUGCGACCGUCGCAUCGGAUGCUGCAUUAGCAGAAGCACUCCAACAAGCUCGCGAGUAUCAGGAACGGCCAUCAAAAUUGGUAAAAUCCGCACGCCAUGUCACCACAAGCAAAACCUCUCCCACUAUCAACUCAGAAGGUCUAGUACAGGAUGCGUCAGAUGAGGAGAGUUCACAAACACAGCACCCCGACUCCAGAAGACGGCCCCUUCGAUCUGCUCGGACAACCAACAUCACUUGCCUUGACGAAUUCAUAGCUGAUGAGUUGAUUUCUGAUAAAUCGGACACCUAUUCGAGUGGAUCCGAGCUUAGCGACCUUGCGUAUUCUUUGACUGAGGCCAGCGAGGAUGAAUCUGACAAGCCACAGGAGUCUGUAAGGCCACAAAUUACACGGAACCAUGAAGCAUCAAUGAGAACUAGGCGGGGUUUUCAAUCGGCUUUGAACAGUACCCAGAGGUCAGGGGAGGCUUGGAUGACUCGUCGUGCGAUUAGAGAACGGAAGAAAUUGGAAAAGCAGCAUCCAGCUGUUACUACAAUGUGGGAUGAUUUGGCAAAUUCGCCCCCUAUCAAGCCGGUAGCUGCAGAGCAGCCAAGCGGCAUAGCAAGGACGCUCAAGUCAUUUCAACUUGAGGGUCUCAACUGGAUGAUGCAACAAGAACAAUCGCAAUAUAAAGGAGGUCUCCUAGGAGAUGAAAUGGGAAUGGGCAAAACGAUACAGGCUGUUUCCCUUAUCAUGUCUGACUAUCCCGCUGGUAAGCCAUCGCUUGUGGUAGUGCCUCCAGUUGCCCUUAUGCAAUGGCAGUCCGAGAUCAAGGAAUACACCAGUGGCCAGUUGAAGGUCCUUGUUUAUCAUAAUUCGAAUCCCAAGGUCAAGACUCUUUCCAAAAAUGAUUUGGAAACGUAUGACGUGAUUAUGAUUUCUUAUUCUGGCCUCGAGUCCAUCCACCGCAAAGAGUGGAAAGGCUGGAACCGGAACGAUGGGAUUGUUAAGGAGGACAGCGUCAUCCAUUCCAUUAAAUACCACCGAUUGAUCUUGGAUGAAGCGCAUAGUAUCAAACAACGGACAACUAGUGUUGCCCGCGCAUGCUUCGCAUUACAAGCAAACUACAAGUGGUGUCUCUCGGGAACGCCGGUUCAGAACAGGAUCGGUGAGUUUUUUUCGCUGCUUCGCUUCCUGGAAGUUCGCCCUUUCGCUUGCUAUUUCUGCAAGCAAUGCAAGUGUCAACAACUUCAUUGGUCGCAGGACGCAGAAAAGCGAUGUACAUCAUGCAAGCAUAGUGGGUUUAGUCACGUGUCUGUUUUCAACCAGGAGAUACUCAAUCCUAUAACGGAGAGAGACAAUGCUCAGGCCAGAAAGGAAGCUCUAGCAAAACUGCGCCUCUUGACGGAUAGAAUUAUGUUGCGGCGUAUCAAGCGAGACCAUACAACCUCUAUGGAGCUUCCACCCAAGCGCGUUAUCAUACGGAAUGAAUUCUUUGGAGAAAUCGAACGGGAUUUUUCUCGCAGCAUCAUGACAAAUUCAACCCGCCAAUUCGAUACAUACGUGAGCCGUGGUGUCAUGUUGAAUAACUAUGCCAAUAUCUUUGGGCUCAUCAUGCAGAUGCGUCAAGUGGCGAACCAUCCCGAUCUUAUUCUGAAAAAACACGCUCAGAGUGGCCAGAAUGUUCUCGUCUGCAGUAUCUGUGAUGAGCCUGCCGAAGAGGCAAUUCGAUCUCGCUGCCACCAUGAAUUUUGCCGUAGAUGUGUCAAAGACUAUGUUAAGUCCUCGGGAAUCAUGUCUGUGGUUGACUGCCCUCGAUGUCACAUUCCUUUGUCGAUCGAUUUUGAGCAGCCUGAUAUCGAACAGGAAGCAGAGCACGUCAAGAAGACUUCCAUCAUCAAUCGCAUUCGGAUGGAGGACUGGACUUCUUCUACCAAAAUCGAGAUGCUAGUUUAUGAGCUCUACAAGCUUCGAAGCAAGAAACAGACGCACAAAUCUAUCGUGUUUUCGCAGUUUACGUCCAUGCUGCAGCUUGUCGAGUGGCGCUUGCGCCGAGCCGGCUUCAACACGGUCAUGCUCGACGGUACAAUGACACCGGCACAACGACAAAAGUCGAUUGAGUAUUUCAUGAACAAUGUUGAUGUCGAGGUAUUUCUCGUUUCACUUAAAGCAGGCGGUGUGGCUUUGAACCUGACUGAGGCAUCGAGAGUUUUCAUUGUUGACCCAUGGUGGAACCCCGCCGCCGAGUGGCAGAGUGCGGAUCGCUGCCACCGCAUCGGUCAACGCCGACCUUGCGUCAUCACUCGACUCUGCAUAGAGGAUUCCGUUGAAUCUCGAAUUGUUCUGCUGCAAGAGAAGAAAGCCAACCUUAUCAACGGUACCCUUAACAAGGAUCAGGGUGAGGCAUUGGAGAAGCUCACACCAGAAGAUAUGCAAUUCUUGUUCCGAGGAUCUUAGUUGGGGACAAGGCAUGAUGUCUUUCUGUUUAUUGGUCAAUGUCAUGAGACCAGCCAGGCAUUGCGUGCUAUGAGUUGCAUGCGUGGGUCAUCAUCCGUGGGAUGUUUGGCCGGACGCGCGAACCAAGUCUUGACGCGGUAGCUAGAAUGACGUCACUAUCAUCUGCAGCUAUCAACUCGGACCAGCUAGUCUGAUUUACUUAUAGAAAUACUACCUUUUUCCUCUUCGUGGGGGUUGUUGUC